GGAACGGCGACCGCUAGCAGCAUCGAGCACCUGCUUCUGCUCCAAAGGGCCAUGAACUACAACGGCGCCAUCCAAGCUUCCAACUCGGUGCUCGGUGGGGCAUAUAAUUACGCAGCACCGCCUGCUUUUGGAGACGGCUCUCUGGAGGCCUCCGUACUCUACCAGCUUGGGUGCACAAUGUCCAAGCUGGACGUCAGCACAAGGCUUUGCAUCCGAAACGCUCUCUACCGUCUCGCCACGAGUGCCUGCCACAGAAGCGGAGACGAGGGCGUGAGCUCCAUCGAAUCUUCUGCCAAGAGGCCCGGUGGCAUUCCCUGCUUGGAGACAUGCACGAAUCCAAUCGACCGCACGGUGGCAAGCCUGCUGUUUUACAAGCCGGAAGCAGACACUACUCAAGACGGGUCCGUGUCUCCACAGUCGACGGUGGUCUCAUCAGAAGGCUCCUGGAUCCAGCAGCCAGUGGCAAUGGCAGGCGUCACACCGCAAGCCACACUUCCGCGCUGCGCUGGCUACUUCGCGCGAGGGGUUUAAGGACACUCCGCGCGAGGGGUUUAAGGAGGGGGUGGCACACACAGGUCAAAGGAGAGGCGAAAGGAGUGGGGUAGAAAAACAAGGCGGGCCGCGCGGUGAAUACAUAGCAGGGGGGCCGGGGGUUCUGGGUUCAGGGUUUAGGGUUUAUAGAGCUCGCGAAUGCAGGCUGCUGGGUUGGUUCGUGGGCUGGAACCAGCACUAGUGGGCGACGACUUUGGCUUCUUCUCGGGCGAGUGUGAAGUGGCAGCGGCAUUUCACAACCCGUUUGUAGCGGCAGCAGUUGCGCACCGGGAUGCUGUUGCUGCUGCAGCUGCUCCUGGUGCGGCUACAUUCGCUAACGUCUUGGCGGCCGCCAAGAGGAUAAGGCUGGGUGAGAGGUGCUGGGGGAGCGGCUUCGAGGAGGAGGAUAGCGCGCCUGAGAAAACGGCUCGGGUCCCUGAACCGGUUCCCUCGAAUGAUGACGAUUGGGACAAGGAGCUAGCACCGGAAGAUCUCGAAGAGUUUGUACUCUCGGCUUUGUCACCAGAGGCGCUCGACAACGGGAAGCCUGACAUCGAAAAUGCUACUGGUGCUAAAGGCGAUGCAGGAGUUGUUUCGGCAAAGCCAGGCCUGGACAGGGGGCAGCAAAGUCACAGCCAUAGCCAAACUGGCGUCAGCAGCUCUGAGAGGAUAAAAGGGAAGGCAGCAGCAGUAGAACCCGAGCUUUCCGCAGGUGCUCUGGUUCUUCAGGAGCUGGAGACGGUUGUCUCGAAGCUCGAAAGCCGGAGCAGACUUUGCUUGAGGGACGCGUUCUACAGGCUCGCAGACAAUGCCACGCGAAGAACCGGAGUUCAAGCCGACGCAGCGGAACUCCAGCGCUUGUCGUGGCGCACAGCAUCCUUGUCCCUGAGACAGGAGCUGUCAACUAAUACGAUUGAUCGAUCCGUCGCGAGCAUGCUCUUCUGCAAGGAAUCUCCCCCUCCACCUCUCCCGCUCCCGGCUCCCUCCUCGCCGCCGCCUCUUCCUCCACUUCCUCCGCGGCCGCGUUCUUCUCCUGGUCGUCCUCUUCGUCCCAAAUCCUCAGCUUCUUCGAGCAGUAGCAUUCCAAAGAAGCAACACCAACACCAUCAAGCUCCGCUGGGCAACAACACCAACAAGAAGUUGUCGCUGGCCCCAGCUCACAAGCAUCGUUGUGCUGGAUCGACCAGCGUGCUACGAACAGCCACGACAUUGCGAGCGACGCCGGCGGCGAUCCCAGGAGCAGCUGCCAGGAACACCAAGAGUUUGAUACUACUCCCGCCAUCAGCGGCCACCAAGCGAAGAUCGCCAAAUGCCACUACUACUUUUACUAGUACUAGUACUACUACGACGACUAACAAACGAGGCAAGCUCUGAGGGUGGCGAAGAAAAAAAUAAAACUGCAGACCGAAUUUGGGUCGCUUGACUUUGUCAAGUAAAGAUGUUUAUCGAGAAUAUUCUAAAAUGUUACGAAUAUGGCCUUUUUCCCC